AUGAAUUCGGAAUUGUAAAUGAAGAGAGAACAGUUUAUGGUUCAAAUCAGAAAGCAGGCUCGCGAGGAGAUUUUCUCUAAGAAAAGACAGACGAGCCUCGGGUAGGAGGGGGAAGUGGUGGAGCGGUGCAAUCCCGACGAGAUAAUCAAUUUCAUAUAUCAGACUUAUUUGGAGUAGGAUUUCAAACAUUUAGCUCGGUUGUUGAAACAAUACAAUUUGAAUUACUUGAAAUUGUUGGAGGAGUAGAACAUUAAUGAUCUGCCCAUUCUGAAUCAAUUCAUCACUCACUUUAGCACCAAUGGCAAUAGUUUAAAAUUAUUCUUUGAUAUAAUUCGAAUGAGUGGCAUUCCCUUAGAAAUCAAUCUGACAUCGGAUAGGUUGAUGUGCAUAAUCCAAGUGUUGGUAAUCUUGAUCAAUUUCACCUAUUUGGAGAGGAAGGAUAUUGUGGAGAAUCUCUUGCAAAACGAUUUGAUCACUCUCUUAUUGAAGGAUUUGAUGAGUAGAAUGGUAUCACCUGAUAAAGUUCAGAUUCACUUUGAUAGAUGGUGUGAGAUUCUUGAGAGUGUAAUCAAUCUUUACUAUGAAUUUAUCAGAUUUGCCUAAUUUUGA